AUGUCUUAUUCAGUUUCCAUCUUGUUGAUCAGCACUUUAGUGUUGUUACUAAGAAUUGCAACAUGUCAAGAAGACCUUGUUUCAACAACCUGCAGCCGAACUCCUUAUUCUGAUACUUGUUUAUCCUCCCUAAGAUCCGAUCCUCGUAGCCAGAACUCCGAUGUUAAGGGCCUUGCCACCAUUGCCUUGGAAAAAAGCAUAGACAAGGCAACAGAAACAAAAGCACACAUAGACUAUCUUGUGAAAUUGCACAGUCCUAACCAAACCGAAUAUGAGUUUAAAUGCUUAGAAGAAUGCAUGGCAGAGUAUGCUGAAGCUCUAGAUAAUCUACAAGAAACAUCUUUGGCUUGGAGCACAAGUUCUUACGAUACUGUUAAUUCGAAUGUGGCAGCAGCCAUGUCUGAUGCUGAAUCAUGCCAAAACGGAUACGAGGAGGAACAGCUGCUGCAGAAUCCUUCUCCAUUAACUGACAGAAACAAGAUAUUUUCCGAGUUGUGUAGCAAUUUUCUUGCAAUGAUACCUCUUUUAUCUAGCUAA